CACGACCCACUCCAGCACUCGGAUUCGUCGGAGUAGUCAGAGUUGUUGGUCAGUUGGUGUAACGACGCAGCAUGGGCAAUGUGAAUAAAAAUAUCGGACGGCUGCUUGUGGCGGUGGGAGUGCUGAUGAUUCUGGGAUUGCAAGGUGUCCGAUCUGAGUAUGGCGACCUGGCCGGCAAUUGGCUGGUGGAUUAUGAUCGAGACGAGCUGAAUUUUUUUGAGGAUUCGACUUGGAGCGUGGAUUUGCACAUAUACAAUGUGUUACCGAAGGACUCUUCGCUGGAUUACUACUUUGUGGUGUACUCCAAGGAUGAUCGGAGGGCGUCAUCGCCACCGCUGGAGAUAAAGAAGGAGGAUUUCGAUCUGUUGGGCAGCUGGCGGGGAGCGCUAUAUGUGACUGGAGUUCGCUUUGGAUACAGUUCACUGGAGGUGGAACUGAAGUCCGGUGCGGUGACGGAGACAUAUCCAAAACCCCUGCCAAUAACAGUGCUCAGAACACAGGUGGUGGACGAACGCAUCACCACCUAUGUGUCCGCCGCCUUGGCUCUGCUGAUGUUUCUCAAUCUCGGAACAGUAUUGGAUAUGCAGCGCCUGGCGGGCAUCAUCUGCCGACCGGUGGGACCUGUGGUGGGUGUGGUCAGUCGAUUUGUGCUGAUGCCCGCCGUGGGAUUCGGACUGGGUCGUGCUCUUUGGCCAGACAGUUGGCCACUCCAGCUGGCCCUGUUCUAUACGGCACUUUCGCCCAGUGGCGGACUGGCCAAUGUGUGCGCCGUCUUCCUUAAGGGAAAUAUCAAUCUUUCUGUGGCCACCACCACGAUCAAUAGCCUGCUGGCCCUGGCCUUGCUGCCCAUUUGGAUAUUGGUUCUGGGCCGGAUACUCUACGAGGACGAUGAGCUAACAGUGCCGUUUGGCCAGCUUUCCGGAGGAGCAGCUGCCCUGGUGGCCUGUCUGGCCAUCGGUGUGCUGCUGCGACUCUGCCUUCCGCGGACCACUAGGUUCAUCUUUCGCUUCCUGAAGCCACUGUCCGUCGUACUCAGCUUGUGCCUCGUGGGCCUGACGGUGGGUCUCAACUCGUUCGUCUUCUACGAGUUCACCUGGCAGAUUCUUGUAGCUGCCGUAUGUCUGCCCCUCGCCGGCUAUCUAUCCACUUAUCUGCUGUCCAAGAUCCUUUGCCGAUCCUCCACCGACGCACUAACUUUGGCCAUCGAGGCCAGCGUGCUGAACAUGACCAUGCCCAUUGUGCUGCUGCAAUCCAGUCAGCUGCAGCAGCCGCAACUGGAUCUCGUCCUGGUCGUGCCCAUUGCCUCCUCGCUGAUCUCCCUCGUUCUGGUCGUCCUGUUCUAUGGCAUUCGACGAUGCCUGGGCUGCAAUAGGCAGCAGGAUGCGGAUGCCUUUGAUCACAAGAAGCUGUUGGCAGAGCAGGAAGGUGAUGUCUAGUUUUUAGAUCAAGUAACCAUUUCGUUUUUUUUUCCUAGUAAAUUAAUGUUAUAAAAUCGUGAAUGGUUUUAGAAAGCAUUUCUUCAUAUAUUAUGUAUUUGUGUGUAUAGACUUUACAACUUAAGCUUUAGAUUACAAAUAUAUUAAACAUUGCAUAUUUGUGCAAUUGCAUAAUUGUGCAAUUUUAAAGGU